AUGGCCGACCAAAGCGAUGUUGAUCUGGACUCUAUCAUCGAUAGAUUGCUAGAGGUGCGAGGCAGCAGGCCUGGGAAACAAGUCCAGCUCUUGGAAUCCGAGAUUCGCCACUUAUGCACCAAGGCCCGAGAAAUCUUCAUCUCACAGCCCAUCUUACUGGAACUCGAGGCGCCGAUCAAGAUCUGCGGUGAUAUUCACGGCCAAUACUACGACCUCUUGCGUCUCUUCGAGUACGGCGGUUUCCCCCCCGAAGCAAACUAUCUGUUCCUCGGCGAUUACGUCGACCGUGGCAAACAAUCGCUCGAGACCAUUUGCUUGUUGCUGGCGUACAAGAUCAAGUACCCGGAAAACUUCUUCAUCCUCCGUGGCAACCACGAGUGCGCAUCGAUCAACCGUAUCUACGGUUUCUAUGACGAAUGCAAGCGCCGCUACAACAUCAAGUUGUGGAAAACAUUCACAGACUGCUUCAACUGCCUGCCGAUUGCCGCCAUAAUCGACGAGAAGAUCUUCACCAUGCACGGAGGUCUCAGCCCUGAUCUCAAUUCGAUGGAGCAGAUUCGCCGGGUCAUGCGCCCUACUGAUAUUCCCGACUGCGGUUUACUCUGUGAUUUGUUGUGGUCUGAUCCCGACAAGGACAUCACCGGAUGGAGCGAGAACGACCGAGGUGUAUCAUUCACAUUCGGGCCCGACGUGGUGUCGCGGUUUUUGCAGAAACAUGACAUGGACCUCAUCUGUCGCGCUCAUCAGGUCGUCGAAGAUGGCUACGAAUUUUUCUCGAAACGGCAAUUGGUCACGCUUUUCAGCGCACCGAACUACUGUGGAGAGUUUGACAAUGCUGGAGCGAUGAUGAGUGUUGACGAGAGUCUACUCUGCUCAUUCCAGAUCUUGAAACCAGCCGAGAAAAAACAAAAGUACGUCCACGGGGGUAUAGGCAGUGGCAGACCCAUCACUCCUCCGCGAAAGCAGAAGAAGUAA